AUGGAGGGUGGACAGACAGGCAAGAGGAAGACCUCCAGGUUCACCGACACCUUCCCUGAGACGGUCAGCUCCACAGCUGAUAUCGAAGUUUCCUUCUACAAGAAGUUCCCCAAUGUAUCUGGCUUGGCUGGGGGCCCAUUGCUUUCUCCCACUGCUCCAUCCUCCCUCCAUGCUGCUGUCACUCCUGCCCGUCGACGUCACCGGACAACGUUCAGCCAGGAUCAGCUAGACCAACUGGAGGCAGCCUUUGCAAAAAACCACUACCCUGACAUUUACUGUCGAGAGGAGCUGGCAAGAGCUACUAAACUCAAUGAGGCUCGCAUCCAGGUAUGGUUCCAGAAUCGGCGGGCAAAACAGAGAAAGCAGGAACGAGCUGUACCCAAAUGUGCCACUCCUGGUGUUCUCUCUGUCUGUCCCAUGCCUGCACCUCCAACCCGACAGUAUCAGUACCCACCCACCCUUGGGUCACCCCAUCACCUGUCCCGUUUUCCUUCCACCUACGCUCUGCCACCUCCACCGUCCCUUGCUACUUCUACCCAGUUUCCAUGCCCUGUCUCCCACCACCCUCAAACCUCCCGCACUCAUGAAGACUGGUACACCCCUAUGCGCACUAUUGGUUCCCCCACAGUUGCUCCAGCACCUUCCAUGAUCUCCCUGAGCCUUGAUCCCAACACCCACUGGAACUGA